UUAUUAUCUUAAAAGUUACACCACAAGUCACAACAACAAAAUACUUUUAUAUUUAAUUUCUAAAUUCUAAGACGCAGUACACAUUUACUUUGUUAGAUUGUUUUGUUUGCACCUACAGUUCGUUAUUUCUUCUUAUUCAUCAAUGUUUUAAAAUCACUACAAUUAUCAAAGUCUAAGGAAUCAAGAUGAAAUUUCUAUUUCUAGGAUUUUGUCUUUUCAUUGUUUUACUUGGAGAAAAUGUUUCCGCCCAAAAUCACAAGAUUGAGAAUAAUAAAUUUAUAGAACAACUAUCAGAUAUUGCAAUGCAAUCAAUGGAAGGAUUUUCAGAUUAUGGGCAUAAAUUAAUUGAAGUUGAAGAAAUUGGCAAUAUAUCACAUCCAUCGCCAGUGGGAGGUUACAAUGAAAUCAAUGCUGAUACUGAGAACAUCAAACAACUGGCUCUAUUUUCCUUAGAUUCUAUUACACAACAAACAAUGUCUAAAAGAUCUUUGGGGUUAAUCAAAGUUGUAUCUGCAAAAAGUCAGGUUGUAGCUGGAAUAAAUUAUAAAAUAAAACUAUUGGUGUGUGAAAAAGAUUCAAAAAAUGGCAAGGAUAUUGUUAUGGAUCACAAAAAUUGUCGUUCAUGUGAUGUAACCAUAUGGGAACAAUCAUGGUUGAACAAUAAAAAUGUGACUAAAGUAGCUUGUUCUAGACCUUCUGAACUUGCUUCAUUUUCUAAUAUAGCUGUGACUAAAAGAGACAUACAUGAAAAUGUAAAUCUUGGAGCGAAAAUAAAUCUAAGUACUGAUGAUAAGAAAGUUAAAGAUAUAGUGGAUUACGCUUUACUAUCUAUUGAUAAACAAGAAGGAUCUAACAAACCACACAUAUUAUCAAAAAUUAUAAAUGUAUCCAAACAAAUUGUGUCUGGAGUUAUCUAUAAUAUUGAAUUGGAAAUAUGUGAGAAUUCUACAGGCGAAGUUGAUAAAAAGAAAUGUAGAAUUUGUAAUAUAAAAGUGUGGGAACAAGCAUGGGAGUACAACAAAAAUACUUUAAAAUUCAAUUGUUAUACACCAAAUAAAACCAACAUAGAUAUAUCAAGUUCUAAAACAUUAAUUGCAAAGAAAAAUGAUGAUCGAUUACGAUUAAAGACAAAUUUUGAAAAUUUUAUUACGACACAUAAUAAAAUGUAUUCUAGUCUUGAAGAAAAGAAUAGAAGAUUUCGAAUAUUUGCUGCUAAUAUGAAGAGAGUACAAUUAUUACAAAAACAUGAACAAGGAAGUGCUAUUUAUGGAGCUACGCAAUUUGCAGAUCUUACAAAAAAUGAAUUUAAAAAAAAGUAUUUGGGUCUGGAUUUAUCAUUGUCAAGUAAAAACACAUUACCGUCAUUACCCAUGGCAGUCAUUCCACAAAAUACUUCUAUUCCUAAUGAAUUUGAUUGGAGAGACUACAAUGCAGUAACACCAGUAAAAAAUCAGGGAGCUUGUGGAUCUUGUUGGGCAUUUUCGGCCAUAGCCAAUAUUGAAGGACAAUAUGCCUUAAAAUCUAAAACACUUCUAUCGCUCUCAGAACAAGAACUGGUUGACUGUGAUAAUUUGGAUAAUGGAUGUGGUGGUGGCUUAAUGACUCAAGCAUUUGAAGCCAUAGAAAAUUUAGGAGGCUUAGAGACAGAGUCUGAUUAUCCUUAUGAAGGUCACGCAGAUCGUAAAGGUUGCCAGUUAAAAAAAGGUGAAGUGAAAGUAUCAAUAUCCAAAGCUGUGAAUGUAUCUACUGAUGAAGAAGAUAUUGCCAAAUUUUUAGUUAAACAUGGUCCCCUAUCUGUCGGAGUCAAUGCUAAUGCUAUGCAGUUUUAUAUGGGUGGUGUAUCACAUCCAAUCCAUGCAUUAUGUAGCUCCAAAUCACUGGAUCAUGGUGUAGCCAUUGUUGGAUAUGGAGUCCACAGAACUAAAUAUACCCAUAAAAAUUUACCAUAUUGGUUAAUUAAAAAUAGUUGGGGACCUGGAUGGGGAGAAAAAGGUUACUACUUGCUCUACAGAGGUGAUGGAUCUUGUGGUGUCAAUCAAAUGGUUUCUUCAGCAAUUAUUGAAUAAAUUUUUGUUAAAUUUUAAAUGAACAAUUAAAUUAUUUUUUAAGGUAUUAAAGAUUCUCAAUAUUACAUAUUUAAUAAUAAACAUUGUAUUAAUGUUUCAAUUAUUUGAGCUAUAGAAUUUUACUAUAUUAAUUUGAACUUAUGAAUAGAUCUUUAGUAAGUGUAUCUAACAGUUAUAUUAUUAUUAAUCAUAAAAUAUAGUUAUUAGAUAUAUCUUAA